CUGGACACGGUCCAUUACACAGGUAAUCUAACAUGUAACACAUCAACAUGCAACCAACAAGCCCUGCAGCCGGUCUCUACCCAACGACCGAAGGACAGGGAGGGCCUUUACCUGGCCAUUGAAAGACGCUUAGAAGUACCUCUUUCUUGCGAGGCUGAAAUGCAUCUGCGGUACGAUAUUCGCAAGGCCGUAAAAUUUCUUGAUAAGCUGGAAAGAAAAACGUCUAUAACAAAGAUACACAAAGGCAAUGUCUACCAAGCACGGCAAUCAACCAACUGGCACGAGUAUUCGAUUCAAUCGAUCUCCAUCACGACUUUCCCUUCCGACCUUCCAUUCUUUCACUCGAGCUUCGCUUCCGUUUGGGAGCAAUGGAAAGAACGGGAAACAUAAGGUAGUCCGGUGGGAAGACCAAUACGAGAACAUACCGUCUCUUCCAUUUUCGCAGUUCAAAAGCGAGCAAGAAGAAGAGAGGGGGCGACUUGAGAAGCUCAUGAAUGAUCACCCGGUGAAUCGUCCACAAUUGGAUCCCGCAUCCAUAGAUGAAGAGGCCAGGAAGAUCGUCGUAGCCCGAUGGAAAGAGGAGGGUAUUUGGGAUGAUGCAUGGGAGGGUGAUGAUGGGUCGACUUGGAGAUGGAGGCAUGAAAGAGAUGACAUGGAAAGACGGUCAGGGGUUAUGUUAGAUCUCCCAUCCGAUAGCCUGAAACAACCAACGCGACCGAUAUCCCGAUUUCUGCAUCAACUGGGUAAGCUGGUUUCCAAGACUUUGGAGGAAAAUGCUCAGAAGGUUCAUUGGCGCCAGUCAGGCGCUGGGACGGGCUUUGAUCUGAGUCCCUUGAUGAAAUAUAGUAAGAAGGAGGAGUCGAUUCAAUCCAUUGACCGCAUUGGUACCGCAGCUUUCGAAACAGUCAAGCAUACAUGGCAGCAAAGGGGCAUCUGGGAUGAGAGCUGGGGAGAUUUACCUGGAUAUGCAUGGAAGCAUGAACGCCAAAAGGAAGAUUCUUCACUGGACACUUGCGUUCACGUACCGCCCCCUACCACGACGGAAAUCCGUGCUCCUUACGCCGACAUGGGUGUCCCGGCUUCGACACAGCAGGAGAAACACAUUCCCAUGUCUGCAGCUCCGCCACCGGAGAAUGCCGUCUUACCUUCAAUGUCAGAUCCUAGAGUCAACCAUGAAAACGAGAAAACAAACCGUGCAGUCGAGAUCGCACGCCAAGCCAGCAACAGUUUGGAGCCGAGUCAGGUCACCGAACCGUCAAUAAUCACUUCAAGGGCCCGAGAGCAGUCACCUUCUCCCAUCUCCCCGCGGCCACAGCGACGGAGUACUCGCAAAUCGAGGCCACCUCGACGGCUUGUAGAACCACGCGCGUCAGAGCCGAGACGUAGUCUUAGGCAACGCACCGCAAGCCAUAAGAGUGGUUCACGACGUGCUAGUAAUUAGCCAUGAGAAAAGCCUCUCCAGACCUGGGAAGCCUUUCUCAUGUACGACUUUAUCUUCUGUCACCCCGAUGUUUUGAGCUCGCCUUUGUAAUUUUACUUAUCACUCGCUAUAGGACGU